AGGAAUGUAAACUAUUCAACAUGGAGACGGCAGUGGAGAAGCUGGAGGCGCUGUUCCAGAAGGCGGAGGCUGACAUUGAAUACGUGGAGAAGCGGCUGAAGUUUGACUUCGUGACGAGCGCGCGGGAGAGCGGCGCCGUGGAGGGAAACCCCGUUCAGCUUAUGGAGAACCUGGCAGCCGUUAGGGCUCGUCACUCGGCUCUGUGCGCGCAGGUGGAGGAGAUCGCGGCCGAACAGAAGCGCUCUAUGGACUCCAUCAGAGCUCACCUGGAGACCACGGUGAAGCUGGUGGAGGAGCUGCAGAACACGGCCGAUAUUCAGGUUCCUCCCUUCAGCGAGGCGGAACAGGAGGCGAGAGACGCUCUCUAUUCGUCAGUAGCUGCUCUUUCUGGCGAGGCGCCGUCUGACCGUCUCGCUCAGGAGGAGAAUGACCCAGCGCGGGGUCCGGAGGUGACGGACGCCGAGUUCGAAGCCGUUCCACGAAGCGUGCGAGGAAACGUGAAGCUGACGGACCUCAACACCCUGUACCGUCAGCUGACGCAGCACUUCGAACAGAACAGAGCGCCGCUGACCUCGCACAGGAUGAAGAAACUGGACAUGAAGGUCAGCGACGCCGCAGUGAAGACGCUGCAGCACCUUUCGCUCGUGGAGGUGGACAAGAAGGGAAACGUGACUCUGAGCUCCAGAGACUGAAAACGGCCACGAGACGCUUUGACCUCACGGCGUCCGCCGCGCUCGGCCAGCGCGUUCGGUCAGCUGGGCGGCGACGCCGGGGUGCGCGCUGACCGCGGUCAGACUGGAUUAUUCAUCAUUUCAUACCGUUUUUAAUGAAAUCGGCGCCACUCAGCAGAUCGAUUAGCACAACCAAUAAUCCGGAGAACCACUUCAUACAGACACUUUAACACGAGAACCACCGCAGAACUGACGCCCUGCGAGAAAACCGACUGAACG